CCCAAGGGUUAGAAGUAGUCUUUCACCUCCCCUUCCUUCUGUCUCGUCGCACACAGAUCCUCUCGGUCCCUUUCUCCCUCACUUCGUGCUGAUCCCAAGGCCCCAAAGAAAGAAAAAGCCCCUCAUCCUUCCUCCAAGCCGGCAAAGUCUGAAGGUGGCAAGCAAAAGAUGGAGAAGUGGAGCAAGGAAAAGCAAAAGGAGAAGAUGAACAACAUGGUGCUGUUUGACCAGGCUACCUAUGGCAAGCUUCUCUCUGAAGCUCCUAAAUACAAGCUUAUCACUCCCUCUAUUCUCUCUGAUCGUUUGAGGGCUAUAUAUAUACCAGCUGUAGAAGCAAAACUAUGCUCAAAACGUAGCAGGACAUGGAAAGGCGUGUGUCUCAGCUCAAACAACUGUGACUACCAGUGCAGGAAACAGGAGAAAGCAGUGCAUGGUGCUUGCCACUGGCAGUGGCCUGGAUUUGCAUGUUUCUGCUGCUUCAAUUGUCAUUGAGAUAAAAGCCAUUACCGACAUUAUAUUACCCUUUGUGGAUUAAGUCAGCAUUCAGUCAAAUCUAGCUUUA